AUGCGAGACUCGCAACUCAGAUCAUCUCGAGGGCAAGAGAUCUCUGCUUCAUCGCCCCUCACAGCUCAAAGCGCAGACUUGCAGGAGGAGGCUUUUAUAUCUGGUGACCUUCAUGAGAUUUCAGAAGAAUGGGAUAAUCCUCCUUCUAUCCCUUCUGAUACGAGUGGAAUGCCGACAAUAGCAUCAAGCGCCAUAUACACCGCACUUCCGGAUACUUCUUCAAGCUGGCCAACCUUGUCCGAUACCUUUACCCUCGACGGAAGACUUGACAGUCUUGGGAUCAUGACAACUGAUUCAUGGAUGCCUUGGAACUCGUCAAUGGCCCAUCUUUCCUUUCCGUGGUUCAUGGACGAAUUAGAGAUGCCACUUGAGCUGCCCGAUAUGGCACAUCCUCAUGAAGACGAAGUGCAUCACGGAACCUCAACCCAGCAGACGGUAGAAGCUCCGGCGUAUUUAACUCCGGAAAACAUAUGUUCCGCUUUCACGCAGCCAUGCCAUCCGUUCCCAGAGCCAGAGAGUAUUGGUCUGCAAAUGGCUGGGGCUGAAGUCUUUGGGCAUAUCCAUGAGAUACCUCAAGAUGCUGUAGAGGGGUUGAAAAAUUUCUACAAGACACAACGGCGAGACCAAACACCGACAGCCAUUCCUCGGGAUAUCCUACACGCGUUUGUAGAACUGUACUUUGAGUACUUUGACUGUCAGUUCCCAUUUUUACACCCAUCUCGCUUUGAGGACCCAGAUGUCCCAUGGGUCUUGCUGUUAGCCGUAGCAGCAGUCGGAAGUCAUUACUCCGAAAUCCAAGGCGCAGAAGAGUACAACUCCUCGUUAUGUGACCUACUAGCCCGCGCUAUUGAACUACCUGUACACGACAACAUAUUAAACGUUGACAUAGUAACAGUACAGUCUGUCUUUCUCUUGCAUGUUCUAUGGCUAUUCUCAGGCUCGCAUAGAGAUAAGGUAGUUCUGCAGCACAAGCGAAGUAGCCUGGCGACGAUGUGCUGGGAUCUUCUUGGCAAGGCUGACAAACGCAGACAGUCAACUCAAACUGAGCCCCAUGCUGGAGAAGUAUGGCAAAAAUGGAUUACAGAGGAGAGUACUCCGCUGGUCUUCAACCUCCGCGAGGCGACGCGACAACUGCCUUGUCCUGAAACGCUAUGGCAGUCUCGGGAUGCUUCAGAGUGGAAGUCACGGCAAGAAAACUCCACAGGUAUCGUAGUUGUCUCUGGCAUCGAGGUCGAUUAUAUGACUCAUCAUCUUUUUUUAGGACGCAAACCGAAGCCAGGCGCCUUUACCGCCAAAGUCAUUCUUCUCGAACUCUACAUUGACGACAGAAAUUACUACCGACGGCUACGCAACUCACAGCUCUUACAGUCAUCAUUUGCAUCAUACUUCAACUCCUCAACAAAUAGCGAUACUCAACAGGCGCCGGUCCCUUCGCUUCCCAGACCUGACAUCAGUAGAAGCGAAAAUGCUCUUCUAGACACGACGAUUGGACAAGUGACCUUGAAAAACAUGUCAAACCCUGGACACUUUACAGAAACAAUAUUUCAUGUCAUUGCGAUUCUGAGACUUAUUCCGCUUGAGACGUUGCACUCUGCUACGGGCUGGGAGACCAACAAAGAACAGAUGAAGAAGUCCAAAAUGCAUCUCAAUGACUUCUUCAAGAACAAUGGUGUCAAGGCACGAAAGGGUUUAUGGCAUGCUACCUGCAUCUUCAAAACAACACGGAGUUCUCGUCGUCUUGCGUGCUAUGAUGCGCUCAGUCUCACCGUGGCGAUGGGCUACAUCUACUGCUAUAAUGAGACACGUACAUCGUUGGGCUCAACUCCAACGCGUCCGGUGAUUACGCGUCUUGAUCAAUUACAAGAUGGAGAAGCUAUUGAAGAAUGGAUUGGGAAUGGUAGCGAUAAUGUCGUUCACUUGACUGGAGUUGGACUACUGGAUGGCUCUGACCACUGCGUUCGUUUCCUUCGAGAUUUGGAGAGGACGCUGGUGUCGCAGAUUGCAUGGCGUGGAUUCUGUCGAGCUUUUGCUAGCAGUUUCGCCCAGCUGAGGCGUGGUGAGACGCCGACGAUGAGCUCGAGGGAGUACACUAAUACUGAAUGA